AGCCGUGUCCUCUUCGUCGAAGGCCCAGAGCAAAUGAUGACGGUCGACUUCUGGUUUCAAUACUUUAGACAGGUCUCUGUUUUCCAGUGGGAUCGUGUUCUAGAGCAUCCUCCAGUUCGUCCUGGUCGAAAGUGUCUGGAAUUCAGAUUCGCUCGCAUCAACGGCCAAGCCCAAACCUGCCUGCAGCAGAUCCAGCGGCAAGAGGAGUUCGUAGGAUUGGUUGGUGCUUGGUAUGGAUUAGAUCCUUGCGCUCAA